AUGCUAUGCGCCGUAAAACGGCAUGUAAGAUUCGAUAGUUUAAUAAUUUAAGUGUAAGUGUUUUAGAGUUUAUUUCUAUAAAUUAUACAUAAUGACACUUGACCCAAUUGUAAAUUUAUUUUUUUUACAUAAACAGAUAAACUUGACCCAAUUUCUUGAAUAUUAUUUUACAUAAAAUUCACAGCUGUUUUUGGGGUUUUUGGUGAAUGUGCAUUUAUAUAUUCUUUUUUAUGUAAAUAAUGGUUGUUUUACAAUAUUUCCUACUUAGUUUAACUAUUUCUUUAACAAUUUCUGGGCCUUUGAUACCGAAUGAAGUAAGUUAACGUUGCAUUACACCAUGAGUAAUAGAACUAUGAGUGUAAGGCCAGAUUUUUUGUGUUGGAAACUCGAAUAGAUAUGACAGAUUUAAUUUAAAACGUAUUUUAGGGCAAUGAUUCAGUAAAAUCUAACAGACCAGAGCACCUGAAAGGUGUUCCAUUAGAAAGAGAUGGGGACUUGAACAAGGACAUUAGGAAAGAGAUGUUUCUGAAGGAAGGAGAAGACCACAACGAUAACAUGUCGACAAAAGACUUGAUUGAGAUUAUGUUUCGUUUGUAAGUUUCAUCUAUUGGCUUUAUUGAUGUUUUAGGUAUCAAAAGGUGUUUACUCGUCUGUUUCUUUUUGUCAGCUAUUAAAUCGUUGAUUUUUAAGUAACAAACGAAUUUGCCUUAUAGUCUUAUUUAUGUUUCAGAGCAGAUACAGACAAAGAUGGCCGCUUGAGCCAUGAUGAACUAUUCAAGAAGGUGAAGAAGAACAUCAGAUAUCACUUGGACGAAGGGAAAAGAGAAGCAAACAAGUUGUUCCAACAGGUUGAUAAGAAUGCUGACGGGAUCAUUCAAUGGGACGAGUACAAGGACCAUUUCAUGGUGAAACAAAACAUUGCAUCGAAAGAUCAUGUUGAAGAUCAUAAGGAUCACGACAAUCAUCUGGAUUCUGAUUGUAAGUGCACCUAUAACGCAUAAGUGAUUCCCAAGGAUAAAAUACGGAAUUAAUGGUUACUUAAUUAUUUUAUAUUUCUUAAAGUAUGAUUUAUGGUUAAAAAGAUUGAGUAUAAUAAUAUUAGCGUGUAUAAAAAUGUAAAACAUUAUUUUAAUAUUGUUUUACAAAUAAUAAGUAAAGUUGUUUCAGCUAGAUUUGUGUUGGAUCAAGAAAAGUAUUCGUUUAAUCAAGCUGAUGCCAAUCAAGAUGGGUUAGAUGAGAUUGAAUGGUUGUCGUAUCAGCAUCCUGAAAACUCAAAGUUGCAAUUGAAUGAACUUGCUCAAAAUAUUCUCAAUUCCUUGGGUAUGUUUCAUAUUGUCUAUGACUUUUUAUAAAAUUUUAUUAUAUAACAUGACGAAAUUUUAUUCCCUUUGACUCCUAAUAAUCUUUACAGACAGUGACAAGAACGGCUACCUGACAAUCGAAGAGUUUGCUCAAGUUCCUCCAGGUGCUGUAGAAGGUGAAAACACUGACGGUGACUACAAAACCGAACGACGAAAGGAAUUCCAAGACGUCAUUGAUCAGGACAAAGACGGUAAAGUGAUGAAGUUCGAACUGGUCGAGUACCUAAACCCAUUGAGUGAUGCUAGGCUGUCAGAGGAAGUGAAGGACAUCUUUGUUACGGCUGACCACAACGACGACAAAUACCUCACGCUACAAGAAUUGCUGGAUAAUUCUGACGCUCUUGCAUUGAGCAGUUUCAUUAGGCCCAAAAUGAGAUUGCACGAUGAUUUGUAA